AUGCGUCGCUUCAAUCAGCUUCCUGCCGUCCUUAUCGGCAGCCUCGCCGUCGGAGCCGGCCUCGUGGCGGCCGAGGAGUUUCCCCAACCAUACAUCACGGAUUACGAGAGGUACAAUGAGGGCUACUAUGGCGUCCACCCUAAUCAAUCAUUCAAAUCAACGAACACGCUCGGCUUGCUUUUCCAGGUAAAUCAGUGGUACCCUGAGAAGUCUGGGCUUAGCAAGUAUCUAUUCAUGUCAUCAGUCGCUGGCUCGCAAGGAGCAACACCAUUCAUCAUCGACACCACAGAUUUCAGCAUGGUCUAUGGCGACCCAGUAUGGCCAUCGGCAAACAACCCCAGGAUACAAAUGUUUAACGACAAGCCCUAUUUCACUUUCUGGGAGGGCAGGGACUACCGUGGUCACGGGUUGGGCGAAUGCUUGCUGUACGACGACUCGUAUCAAUUAGCUUACAACAUCUCGGCCAAGAUGGUUCACACCAAGGCCGAUUCGCACGAAUGUCAACUGACGCAUGAUGGAACUGCCCUCAUCACGGCUUAUGAGAGGAUUCCCUUCGACAUGACCAAUGCACCAGGUGGCGGUCCAGAAGAUGGCUGGCUGCUGGACAGCAUUUUUGAGGAGAUUGAUAUUGUAACAGGCGAGCUGAAGUUCUUGUGGCGCGCCAGCCAACAUUUCGACAUCAACGAGACUGAGGUGAAUUGGGGCACUGGAGACUAUGGCGCACCCACCGAAGAGGUUGGCUGGGACUUUUUCCACAUCAACAGCAUGCAGAAGACCAAAGAAGGAAAUUUCUUGGUAUCUGGGCGUCGCAUCAAAUCACUGGUCUACAUUAAUGGCAAGGACGGGUCAGUGAUCUGGCAGCUUGGCGGGAAGAACAACCAAUUCACCGAUUUGAGCGGCGGCAAUGCGACCAACUUCGGCUUCCAGCACACGGCGCGGUUCCUCAAUGACGAAAUGACCGAAAUCACCCUUUUCGACAACCACGACUUGAAUCCGGGCAACCCCUCGCCCGGCUGCCCCGAAGGCACUUGUUCCAGGGGCCUUCACUUGCGCAUCGACACGGAGAAAAUGACCGCCGAGGUCGUGCAUGAGUACUAUCACCCAAUGGAUAUCGCAUCUUGGGCAAUGGGGGGAAUUCAGAAGCUCGACAAUGGAAAUGUGCUUGUGAGUUGGGGCACGACACCGGUUAUUACUGAAUACACAGAGGAUGGCGAGAUCGUCCUUGAUGCGAUGCUGGGUCCGUGGUUUGACGAGUCUACCAACACUCAGCCAGUGUAUCGCGCGUGGACCAUGGACUGGACGGCCCACCCCAUUUGGAAGCCUAGCAUCGCGGGAGACGAGAAUUUUGCAUACGUCAGCUGGAAUGGGGCCACGGAGGUGCACUCUUGGGAUCUUAUGGAGGGAAACCGGAGGGAAAACAUCACUUUCACACAGAAUGUGAAGAAACGUGGCUACGAGACAGUCAUACCACUCAAGUUCAAUGGCUCGUACCUUGUCGCGAAGGCAUUGGCUGCGGAUGGUACAGUGCUUGCCACCACGGAUGUGUGGGAUUUGGCCCUGGGAGCAACUUCGCACCAGUAA